AUGACCAAGGAAAGCAAACCCCUUUCUAGUCAGUCUCCCAGAACUGUGGAAGUCAAAUAUCCUCCUGCUGAAACUAUGACAGCUGCAAUUUCAUCCCAAAGCGGCCCCAUCCUUCCACCUGAAAAAGCAGGAGACAAUGCGACUCCAAAACAAGCCAAAUCUUACACUGAAGACAACCUCAGUUUAAGCGACAAUGCAGCUUCAACUCCAACAAAAGUUACAACCAUCAAUCGAAAAAACCAAAGUUCAAGCAGUGACACAAAUGGCAUUAAAACCAGUGACAAAAUUGCAUCAAAACCCACUGUGGUUACAGUAUCAGGUAGUCCUAGGGAUAUCAUCUGUGGACGUGGUUUGCACAUAAUGAAUCACCACGGAAACCACAAUCUUCACCUCGCCGUCGACAGGUAUCGUCAAACCUAUCUAACAGCGACUCGCAGAGAUAAGGCUGCAAUCACUCAACAUAUCGUCAAGCAACUGAAAAGCACCGGGGCAAGGUUUCUUCGACGGUUCAAUGACGACAGCGACGACAAAUGGGUGGAAGUCGAUGACAAGACCGCGUAUAAGAAGGUCAGCCAUGCCUUGCGUCUGAGAAAGAGCAAUCAUGGACAGAACUGCUUGCAGUCUCUUCCUGGACAGCAGGCAGGUAGUCAGCAUUCGAGUUCUCGAAGAGAGACAACAAGUACCUCACAAAAUAUCGCAGGCAUGCCAAUUGGUCCACAGAAUGCAAUUAGUCAUCCGUCAUCGAGAUUACCUUCUUCCUCCUCAGUUGCUGCACAGUUGCCUUUUCCAUCACCUUCAUAUCAACUUCAGGUGGCAACCCAAUCAGCAUUGCCGCCAGUUGCUAGAACACAUACCCAGCCAGUAUUACAUCCGUCUUUCAUCAGUGGAUAUGGCAAUGCCGUGAUUGAUCCUCGAUUAUUCGCGGGCGCCUUUGCAACCACACUUGCUACAAUGACACAGCUGCAACAACAGCAGCAGCAUCAACGCUCACUUUUCAACGGUAGCUCGAUUGAUGGUUCGAGAUCGAAGAGAAAUUCUGAUGAAGAAGGAAAAUGA